UUUAUUUCGAGCGUGUGAUCCAAUGAACUUUCUCAUCAAAAAUAGAACUAAACAAAUGCACAUACAAUUGCACACGCUCAAAAUAAAACACCGGCGAUUGCCAUUAAAGCAUCGUUAAUUAAUUUUAUACGUUUUGGCAUUGUUGUUGUAAUCUAAAAACUGCAAUGAUCUAAUUUGGAGCAUUAAACCAUAUUGUGCAACAACAAUGAGUCAAACAGAAAAAAGUCAAUAGUCAUAAACAUUGUUUGUAUCAUUUCUCGAUGUAACUUGCGAGGGCGUGGCGUUUUUCGUCGGCGGCGAUCAAUGUUAAUCUGAACUCUGUCGCAAACAGUCGCGACGCGAAUUCGAUCGCAAGAUGAGUGUCGAUAGUGCGAAGAACAAUAACGAGUGUAUAGCGGAGGGGGCGCCUAAUCCACAGGCAAAGUGUAGCGAUGUUAUCCUGGAACCGGAAAUAGAAGAGGAUCCGGAACCGUAUCCUCCCUGGAAUUUCUCAUGGGUUGUCGACAACGAAUUGGCCUGUAUGGCAUGGCCGCAAAACACUCUCAAUUUGGAUUAUCUCUACGACGUCGGCAUCCGGCAUCUUGUGACCCUGUCGCAGGAGAAGAUGCCGCCGAUGGAGGGUUAUAGUAAACUUGAAUGGACGCUCCUGCCUGUCGAGGAAUUUGAGGAUCCAUCCAUCAAGCAAAUCAUUCAAUUUAUGGAUAUCUGUCAGAGUGCGAUACAAAAGCAUCAGCCGGUGGGCGUGCAUUGCAGGAUGGGUCGCGGACGGUCGGGAGUGAUGGCUGCCUGCUACCUGGUGAAAUUUAAGGAGCUCACACCUGAGCGCGCCAUCACCGACGUGCGAUUAUUGCGGCCGCACUCCAUCGAGACCCCCGAACAGGAGCGAGUCAUUUUUAAGUACUUCGAUCACGUAAGAGGCACGAUCAGCGGCCCGCCGCCACCCCGUCAACAAAACGGCACCUCAACCAAUGUCGCACAACAACAGCCAUAAUAAUACAAGACACAAACACGCACAAAAAAAAAACAAUAAGUUUGCUAUUCGCCGGCGUAAUUUAAACGACGACGCCGACAAGCACCACUCGACGCGCAGCGCGCGCGCUCUUUCUCGAAACGCAAAAAUUCCGCUUUGUGUCGAUGAUUUCAUAUAUUCUUUGAGUGCCCCAUCCUACAAUCUAGACGUAGACUGAACAGCGUAGACAGUUUCCAGUCCAAAACACCGCACAGCGCAGUUGUUUGCAGUUUGUGGUGUUGUUAUUCUUGUUUGUUGUAUAUUUCUAUAUUGGAUAUUGAUUACACAUUUACGAAAUAGACUUUUUACUGACGCUA